AUGUACAACAUACCUCCCAUGAUCCUCAACGGAGAGUUGAAGCUCAAUAUGCCCUGUUCGCAUGACCUGUGGAAGGCCUCCAAUUCAGCACAGUGGCGACGACUUCACCGUGCCCGACAAGGGUUAGAUGUCUCUUUCCCAGAAGCAUUUGCCCGUCUCUUCCUCAGAUCAUCUACAUCCUUCCCUUCCGCUCCUAUAUCCCCCUUGGGCAACUACAUCCUCAUCCAUGCUGUUAUCCAGCAGAUAUUCUUUGCCCGACAGCUAUGCCUGUCAGCCCCAACUAUGAACGGUACCAGUUUAAGGCAGGAUGAUCUCAACGUACUCGAUAACUCUCUGAGUGCUUGGAAAGCCUUGUGGAAACGCACGCCUGAAUCCAGCAUCGACCCUCAGAAUCCUGCCGGUCCCAUUGCUUUUACCUCUACUGCACUCUUGGGGCUGGCAUAUAUUCGACUGCAUGUUGAUCUGGGUCCUUGUCGUCACCUCAUUACCCAGGACCCUGCGCAGAUCGCAGGUGCCCUUAUUGAGUCGCCGCCGAUCGUCCGAAGCCCAAGGUUGAUCAUGGCAUUGCUGCACUCGGCUCAUGCCCUCUCUAUCCCCGUCCGACUAGGAAUUGAUUUCGUCGCAAGGACACACUCGUUCUUCUGGAGUAUCCAACACUCCUUGUGCAGUCUGGAAUGCGCAUUCCUGCUCAGUCGCUGGCUGCUGGCCAUUCCCGCGACACAGCCAGAGCAACGGCUAUCUGAGCACGAGCGCAAACUUCUCUCGUGGAUCAAGAGCAUGAUGGAUGAAACCGACAUGGCUGUUGAUCCACCAGGAGCCCCAGAUCCUGACUUCAUGGCGAACCCAUUCAAGGUUCGCCAGCUCAGUGUUGCCAUUGUCCGUGUCUGGGCCCGGACAUUUAAAGGUAACACUAGCUGGGCCAUUGUUGACUUGGUUGGAUCAAGUCUAGAUGCUUAUGCGGACCUUCUGGAACACUAA